AUGACAAACAAAGACAUUUUAGUAACCCGUCCUUUAAGCUUUUCGGAGAAUUUCUUUCGGUCCCGAACUGCUUCUGGAUUGUACCGUAAUUUUCAAUUAACUGCAACUUAUAACCAAAACCUUAGACUGGAUUUACGGUUAUUAUUUGCAGCCAUUAGAAAGACCGUCAUUGAUUAUCAUUUAUUGAUUACCAAUGUACAAUAUAGGUCAGUUGAGUAUGUGUAUGAGCCGCUUAAGAGAUUAACCUUAGGUAAUAUUUUGUCGUUUACCGAUCUGAAGUACUUGCAGAAUGGGGUCAUUAAUGAACAAUUCAUGAAGGAGAUCAACGAAAUUAGGUUCAAAUUGUACUGUCAAGAUCCCUUGUUCAAGUUAAUACUCGUGGGUGAUUUUGACUUAUGUGCCGUUUUUGAACACACAAUUGCUGAUGGGUUGGUUGGGAACUAUAUUCAUGAAAUACUACUUGAAAAUCUAGCUUAUUGUCAAGAAGCUGGCGAGCAAUAUGAUUCACUUUAUGGCUCAGUUCCUGCUGAUGUCACUUUUGAUACUGUACUUUUUGAGUACAAAAAUGAUUUAAAAUAUUUAAAUCAUUCCUUACCUCCACCAGUUGAUAUAUUUCUCGAAGAUAUUGAUUUGGACUAUAGUUACGGUGAUCCGAAUUUCCACGAUAAGGUAACACCACCUGGUUUAAAGAAAUGGAAGGGAAGAUCUAAUGCAUCAGUGGACUACACCUUAGCAUUUAAAUUAAUCAACUUUACACCAACAGAAACCAAGCAUAUACUUGCUCGAUGUAAACAGGAAGGUGUUUCUAUUACUUCAUACAUUCAAGUGAUUGAAGCGCUCACCUUACAACCAAUUUACGGAGAUACCGAGUAUACCACACAUAAAGUAGCCAUGACUUUACGUCGUCAUUAUCGUGAUCUUGGGGAAGCAACAGCUCCAUACAACAAAAUCUUGGCUGAUAAAAACUACAAGAUUUUAGGAACACCAGCCCACAUGGGGUUCAGUAACAACCAUCCACCAAUAACCGAGUUUUCAUGGGAUUUAGCUCGUUCCAUCAACGCAAAUAUCAUCUCUGGUACCAAGAACACACGAGCUUUGAACCAAAUGAAGCCAUUUAAGGAUAUAGCAGAUUUGAAAUCUGACAACAUUGAGUUCUUUACUCUGCAACUAAACAAACCAAAAGCUGAUGCAAUCAAGAUUUCCAAUCUAGGAUUCAUCAACUUACCAGUAUAUCCUACGAAAACAACCGAAUGGAAGAUCACUAAUAUGAUUUUCUCUCAAGAUUUGGCACCAUUUGCAGCUGAAUUUAUGUUGAGUGUUGUUAGUACACCUAUUGGUGGAAUGAACUUUGUAUUGAGCUAUUGUGAUAAUUCUUUUGAUGAUUGUCCAUAUGAUAAUUUUGACGGUUUAGUACAAGACUUACGUAACAACAUGGUUAAAUAUUGUAAAUAG